UACACUUUAAUUGCAGAGUAUAUAAUUACUAAGUUUAUAAUUGGUUUUCGUAUAUACAGAAAAAAGAUUAUGUGUCAAGAAACAGAUGGCGGUUUUCCGGAUGAUUCGGUCUGUCUGACACAUAGCUCAUCAGAAGGCGGGUUAUAAAACAUCAGAGAAAAAAGAUAACUGGUUAUCUGCUCAUCUGCUGCAAUGACAAACAGGCUGUCACGACUGCUAGCUGUACGAUUUUAUUCCCAUUCUGUGGCCCAUGAUGCACCGCUUGUUCGACCAUUUGAUGAGGUACCUGGACCGAGAGGAAAAUUUGCCGUACCGUAUAUUGGAACAAUGCUCUUUAGCAACUCCAUAGGUGAACUGAAAAAUUUUGAGUUCCAUCGAUUUGCUGCUCAUGUGCAGCAGUUGUACGGGGAUUUUGUAAAACUGCGGAUCAAAGAUAAGUGGAAUAUUUUUGUGUUUCACCCCGACAUAGCGAGGGAGAUUUUUAAGAUUAACAUCAAGAAUCCGUACCGGCCCGGCGUAGGUGUCUUCAGGGAAUACAGCAAGAACAGGAAGCAGUACCCUAGCUUGGCCAACCUAAAUGGUGAGGAGUGGGCCAAGCUUCGAAGGCCCACACAGGAGUUAAUGUUACGCCCAGCCGCUGUUUCAGCAUACGUCAGCAUCCUUGCUAGAGUAGCAGACGACUUCGUGGAUUUGUACAAACAUGGAGGAUUCGUGGACGACUUACGACAACAGCUUUUGCGUUACGUCACAGAGAGUACGGGGAUGCUGUGUUUUAACAAGAGGUUUGGGUGUAUAGAGGGAGGCUCCAUUCUUGACAUUAAAUACUUAGAGGACAUUUUUGAUGCCACGGACAAGGAUGUCCGGAGUUUCGGCCUACAACUGUACAGAUUGUUCCCCACCCCUCUCUAUAGGAAAUUUGAAAGAGCUGCUGAUCACCUAUUUGGAAUAGCCGACGUGGCGAUUGUAGACGCCAUUCAGACACUGGAGACAGCGAGAGCAGAGGGGCGGCUAGAGGAGUACCUACAGGGACCACAUUUGCUGUAUGCGCUACUAUCGCACCCAAAAAUGACCGGAGAAAUGGUUGAGAGAGUUUUGAUGGAUUUGUUUGUAGCGGGAGUCGAAUCGACCUCAAGCGUUUUGACGUUUCUAUGGUACGAACUUGCCAGGAAUCCGGAAAAACAAAAGAUACUACAGCAGGAGAUAACUUCUGUGUGUGGUAAUGCUGAUAUAACGAAGGAAUCACUCAGUGAAAUGCCGUACCUCAAGGCCUGUAUCAAGGAAAUUCUCAGGUUGUAUCCCCCUACAGCCCCAGGGUCAUUUGUUCGUCUGGAAAAGGAUGCAGUAAUAUCUGGUUAUGAAAUUCCGACCGGCACGGAGAUACUCAUAUUUACUCAGCACAUGUGCGAAAACGAGCAGUUCUUCACAAAACCUGGCGAAUUUCUGCCAGAAAGAUUCCUGCGAAGUAACAAUCCCUUAACAUCAACUAUCCGAAAUACUCACCCCUCAGCAACCCUUCCGUUUGGAUUUGGACCGAGGAGUUGCAUAGGACAGCGGUUUGCAGAACUGGAAAUUCAAAUAAUUACUGCAAAGUUUUUUCAGCAACUAGACAUCUCACUACCCGAAGGGACCUAUGGCAAAUUAGAACGCAUUUUCCGCAUUUUCUCAGCACCAAAAGAUAAAGUUUCCGUUGUGAUCAGGAGACGGAGCUAGCCAUAUAGUGAUUGCAACGGGAAUUGUGACAUAAUAAUAUUUGUGUAUAUAAUUAUGAACGUUGUACUUCCGAGGUAGCUUUAUUUGAAAAAUCUUAAUUAUUUUUAUUGUAUACAUGUGUGCAUAAUGUAAAUGUAAAUAAUGGCAUACGUAAUGACGUGUUGAAAUAUUUCCAUUAAUGCUAACAGAUGUGACAAGGAUGGGCAACACUUCAUCACAUAUCACGUGAACAAAUUAUUCUUAUCAUACAUUGCAUAUGUAAAUAAAUUCGUUUCCUGUUUUCAUUUUUAUUAUUUCAGACUGAAACGAUUUUCGACAAUUUAUUGAUGUUUUUACUUGUGGUUUUUUUUACAUCUAAACAUGUACUUAAUUGUCAUUUUUAUUACUGAUAUUAAAAAAGAAAUAAAAUAUUACAUUGAAAGGUGUGUAGCAAUACACAAUUCAAAAUUAUUAAUUUUUGAUAACCAGUGGUGGAUCUGGAAAAAUAUUUUUGAACAAAACUAGUUGUGUUAUAUUUUAUAUUUUUUCUUUCUUUUUUUUUUUUUUUUUAGUAUCAAGAGCAGUACUUGAUUAAGUUAUUUCAUUUACCUGUGUAAACUUUAAAGCAUAUUACUUUACUUAUGUGAAUGUGUGUGCAUGUAUGAAUGGGUGGUGAAAGGAAAAAAAUUCAUUGUAA